AUGGCUGAAAAACAGAAAAAAUUUGAUGCAUGUGUAAUUCGUACAAGUGAUGCUGAUUUUAUUGUUGCUGAAUGGCACCAGUUAGUAACAACUGCUAAUAAAUCAAAACUCACUGUUGGAUCAUGUGUUGGAUAUAAAAAGUCAACAAAUAAACGGGAGAAGAUUAUUCGUGGCACAAUUAUGAUUAUUGGUUCACUGCAAGUAUGUGAAAAACAAAAAAAAUUAUUAAUGGCAAAGGUUACUAGUAAAAAUGGUGCAGCACAAAAAUUUGAUGAAAAAGAUGAAUGUGAAUCUGAGCCAACUGGUAUUUCAAAUAGUAAAAAUGAUUUAGAGUUGAACGAUGAAGAUUCAUCUGACUCAAAUGAUGCACGUUUGGAAAUUGAUAUUGAACAAGAAAAAAAUUGUGAUGAAAAUAACUCAAAACAAAAUCAAUCUAAUCAAGCAACAAUCAAUGAACCACGAAACGACAAUCGAUCCAAGACAUCAGAAGCAUCACCUUUAAGUGCUGCCUAUACAGAAGAAAAAACAACUAGUUUAUUUAAACGAAAGAGUGUUGAUUCUGGCAGUGAAGCACAAUAUGUAGAAACAAAACGAAUACGAAUUUCCGUGAGUUCUUAUGAGGAACUCAGAAGGGAAAACAAUCGAAUGAAGAAAGAAAUUGAAAAAUAUAAAACGGAAUGGAUGCCUCGUCCAACUGAUCCAAGUGUUAUAAGAUAUUUUGUACGUAUGGGAGAACUACUUUCCUGUGCUGGUGAAAUGGAAGAAGGAAGAGGUGAAAAAUUGAUUAAGAUUUGUGACCGAUUAACUCGUUCUAUUAUACGUGCCUGUUAUCCACUACAUGCUCGAAUGGAUGUUCUUGAAGAAGGUAUUGAUGAUGAUCUUCGACAAGCUGUCCAUGAUUACGUUAACAUGUUUCAUGGUAUGGAAAGUCUGACGGGAGGAAAAAUUAAUGAAAGUAUCAACAAUGUUUUUCGUAGUGCCAAAACUCAGCAAAAACAAGAUGGAAAAAAUGAAUCUCAACAAUCAACUUCCAAUAAUUCAAAACUCUCGACAAGUUCAGAUUCAUUAUCAAGACCUAUUGAAAAAGUAGAUUUAGCUGCGACUUUAGUCGCGCUGAAAAAUCGUCAUUCUUUAUCAGCAGUCUGCAUCAACGAUAUAUGUUCACUAUUGUGUGUUUUAAAUGUGCCUGGUGCUCCUCGUAGUUGGUUUCAAAUCAAAAAAGCACUUGAUAAAUCAUGUGCAUCUACUCUUGAUCGAACAGUGUGGUGGAUAUGUCCAAGUUGCAAAAAGGUCUCUGAUAACAAGUCCACUUGCUCAAAUGCUAAUUGUAGCUGGCGUUUUGUACCCCCUGCAUCAAUGCCAAAUUAUUUUUAUACUUUUAAUAUUCGUGAUCAACUUUCUUCAAUAUUAGCUACUACAGCAGAUAUGUAUUUACAAAAACGUACAAACGUUACACCACAUUCAAUUUUAACAAUGAAAGAUAUUGUUGAUGGUAACUAUUAUCGAAAACUACUUGAUGAAGAAUCUGACGACAUUUUAACUCUAACUAUGAGUACAGACGGAAUACAACCAUUUAAAAGUACAGAAAAGUCAAUAUGGCCUGUAACUUUUAUAAUUAAUGAAAUUAAACGUAAAAAGCGAUUCACCUUCCAAAACUUAAUACUUGGUGGAGUCUGGCCUGGUCCUGCAAAACCAAAGCGGUUUGAAAUGUCGGCUGUGUUGGAAACAAUUAUUCUACAACUUAAGGAGUUGGAGAAAGGGUCUUAUUUUGAAUGCUGUUCAGAUGCAGGCUACGUUUCACGAUUUUUAAAAGUUUUUUUAAUUUGUGCAUGUAUGGAUAAACCAGCACAAGCAUUGGUACAAAAUUUACCUGAACCAACUGCAAAAUUUGGAUGCGGAAGAUGUGAAAUUCGUGGCUAUACUGUGUUGUCAUCUGCCAAUUCUGAUCAUCCAAUUAAUUGUUUUCCUAUUGAAAACUCUCUGAUUCAACCACAGUUAAGAACAAAUGAUCGAUAUGAUUAUCUUAUUUUAAUUAAAGAACUAAAUGAUAUUGAAAUAGAAAAAAUUAAUCGUCAUUCACUUGAUCGCAAAGGUAAGCGUCAACUCAAGCAAAAAUUAAUCAAAAAUAAGGAGUCUGAACAUGGAAUCCUCGGUCCUUGUGUGCUUCGUCAAUUGAAAUAUUUUGACGUUGGAUUCAGUUUUGUAUCAGAUAAUCUACACAACGUGUAUCAAGGUGUAACUAGGAAGUUAUUGUCUCUUUGGCUUCGUGCUGAUUAUAAAAGAGAAGAUUGGUCGUGUUUUAAUCAUAUCCAUCAACUGUCAUCAAUGCUUCAAUCGUUUCGUUUUCCUUCAACAACUGGUCGACGACCACGUUCACUACUUAAAUUCAAAAAGUCUUAA